AUGUCAAUCACAAACGAGUCCAUCUGGGCUGCAAGCCCCUCCACCACCCGCGGUCAACCCACGCAGCUUUCGUCCGAUGCUAAAGGCGAGCGACUUGCCUACGCGUCAAACAAAUCUAUCUUCCUGCGCUCGAUCGACGACCCCGCGACCGCCAGACAGUACACCGAGCACAAAUCCCAAACAACCGUCGCUCGGUUCUCCCCAUCCGGAUUCUAUGUCGCCAGUGGUGACGCCACCGGUACUGUGAGAGUGUGGGAUUGCGUUGGAGAGGGUAUAACCAAGGGAGAAUACAGCAUUGUCAAUGGCCGCAUCAACGACCUGGCCUGGGAUGGCGAUUCGCAGCGCAUUAUUGCCGUUGGCGAUGGAAAGCAACGAUUUGGACACUGCAUUACCUGGGAUAGCGGAAACACUGUCGGAGAGAUCUAUGGUCACACGCAACAGAUCAACUCGGUGUCCAUCAGGCAACAGCGACCUCUUCGCGCGGCCACGGCCGGUGACGACAAGAAGCUGGUCUUCUACCACGGAGCGCCUUUCAAGUUCAACAUGGGAGUUCCGGAUAAGCAUACCAAUUACAUCUAUGGAGUUGGUUUCAGUCCGGAUGGCUCAAAUCUGGUCAGUGUAGGUGGAGACCGCAAGAUCUGGCUCUACGAUGGCAAGACGGGAGAGACCAAAGGUCAGAUUGGCGAAGGACAGCACAAUGGCAGUAUUUUCGGUGUUUCUUGGUCGAAAGACUCCAAGAAAUUUGUGACCGCCAGCGCUGACCGAACUGUUAAGAUCUGGGAUGUGGAAGCUGGCAAGUCAACACAGAGCUGGACUCUGGGCGAAGACGGUGCUAUGGCUGUCCGUGACCAGCAAGUUGGUGUCGUUUGGCCUCCGGGCAGAAGCGACAACCUUCUGAUCAGUUUGUCUCUUAGUGGCGACCUGAACUAUCUGGUUGAGGGCACCCCUAAGCCCCGGCAGGUUAUCCAGGGUCACCAGAAGAGCAUCACGUCUUUGAACCGGUCUGCCCUGGAGGAUAAGGAGACACUGUGGACCGGAAGCUUCGAGGGCCGUGUCUGCACCUGGGACGUUACUUCUGGUACCGCUGGUGAGAUUGAAGGAGAGGGCCAUCCCGGUUACGUUGCUGGCCUGGCCCCGACAUCGGAGGGUGCAGGAAGAAUCUACAGUGUCGGCUGGGACGACACUAUUCGCUCGAUCGAUGCCUCAGCCAAGACUUACACUGGCAGCUCAUCCAAACUUACUGGUCAACCUAAAGGUGCUGCCGCGGCUGACUCGACUGUGCUGGUCGCGGCGGCCGAGGCCGUUGAAAUUUUCCAGGACGGCAAGAAGACCGGAGAGUACAAGACUAACUUCCCGGUGACGAAUGUUGCGGCCCACGGAGCGAUGGCUGCUGUUGGUGGCGAGGACGGAUCCGUCCAGAUUUGCAGCAUCUCCAGCUCGAGCCUCUCAUCCAAAACCGACAUCAAGGCCUCUCGUAACCCAGUUUCUACGCUUGCUUUCUCACCGGAUGCUUCCCUUUUGGCGGUUGGUGAUCAGAAGGGACGCGUCCUGGUCUUCAAGGUUGCUGACGGCAGUCUGCUCACGGAUCGAUGGACUGCUCACACAGCGCGCAUCACAUCACUCGCCUGGAACAACGAGGGCACCCACGUGGUGAGUGGAUCGCUGGAUACCAACAUCUUCAUCUGGAACUUGGCGAAGCCUGGCGAUUGGCUGGAGCUCAAGAACGCCCACAAAGAGGGCGUGAACGGCGUGGCGUGGAUCGCCGGAGGCUUCAAGAUCGCAUCGGCAGGCGCUGACGCCGCUGUGAAGGUGUGGAAAGUGGAAGGUCUCAAAUAG